GGCUUGUUGUGAAAGUCAACACAAUGGAUAGAUCUCCAUCUCUUCCUGGCUCAAGGGCUGAAAGAUCUGAAAGGCUACUAGUAGCAUCGCACUAGAGGACCGCUGUGCAGAUGUCGAGUGACUAUCUUGAGCUCUUCUGGAGCUUGCUGGAUCUCUCAAAGCAUGAUGAACUGAGAAGCACCAUCCCUAGAAACUUCUCUUGGAAUAUACUCCAUCCUGUCGACCAGACCGCAGUCCUCGUCGCAGCUUGCAAAUUGCCAGUUGUAGCACAGGAGGAGGAGCGAAUACUCGACCUGAUAGAGUGGUUCGUUAAGUCAGGGGCCAGUAUAUCACAGAAAAGCGGAAACACGAACCGGUGCUAUCAAGUGUGGAAAACCAAGGACAAAGAUAACACCACAAUCAAAGUGGAGUUCACGGGACAUUCAGUCAUGUCCUACAUCAACGCUUGGCGACAGGCCUUGCAAGGAAAACCGGAGUGGAAACAGCAAUUCGAUUUCCUCGCCAAAGUCGUAGAAAGAAUUGCAAGAGCCUCAAGACAGUUACAUACCAGGCGUAGAGCGUCUGUGGAUGAAGGCAUUGUUGACAUUUGGGAGAAAUACCUACAUGCCACCAUUUCACACGACCUGACCAUCGAAGCAAGCGAUGGGCGCGUCACAGCUCAUGCUCAGAUGCUUAUGGCGGCAUCUCCAGUGGUCCAAGCAAUGCUGGAAUCGCCCAUGAAAGAACGUCAGACUCUGGGCAUUUCUGAGAAUUUCAAAUGAAAGAAACUAAGAAAGGAAUUAAUUAAAAGGAAAAAACUUUAGCUAGCAAAGGAAAAGGUAAAGGAAAUGAUUGAAAAAAAUCAAAAAAUCAUGACCUCAGGA